ACAAUUUUCCGCAGACUAUAAAAUUAUUCAAUAUAAAAAGUGGGGUAAUAUCGCUACUAUAAAUCCUCUUUACGGAUCGAGAUCUUCAGUGUUUCCGUAGAGAUUUAAACCGUGAAAAUAUAAUGUGUUAAUAUUAAAUUAAGUGACAUGGCUUCAAAGGAAAACUCACUAUUUGUAAUUGAAAACAAUGUCAUCAAAGGUCAAAAGCUACCUCCGCUGGCACCUGAUGUUCGUCUAAAUGAAGUAUUGUUGGAAAAUUUAAAAAACAAUCCAGAUUUUAUUGGACAAAUCGAUGCACAAACUGGAGAAAUGUGGACAUAUGAAAAAUUGACGGAUGCCAGUAUUCGUUGUGCUUUAUGGCUUAAAAAGCAAGGAAUUAAACCUGGUGAUAUAGUAACAAUCUGCUCUCAUAAUCACAUUCGAACUUGGGCCCCUUUUUGUGGAAUAUUUUUCAUCGGAGCUAAUCUCAAUCCUUGGUUCCACGAUUGGUCAGCUGAAACGGCUAAAUAUUUCUUAAAUCUUACAAAACCAAAAGUUAUAUUUGCUAAUGAAAAAUCAGCAAAAAUGCUUAAAGAAGUUGCUAAACAAGAGAAUGUAAAUACGAAAAUUGUCGUUUUUGGCAAAGUUCCAGGACUUAAUUCCUUUAAUGAUAUUAUUAAAGAAGGAAGUGCAAAAGAGGUUGAGAAUUUUCAGUGCUAUCCAGUAAAACAUGACGAUAAUGCCUUAAUAUUGUUCUCAUCCGGAAGUACUGGUUUGCCUAAAGGUGUACAACACACAUAUCGAGCUAUACAUUACAACAUGUACAGAUUCAAUUGUAGAUUUGAAAAAAGAAAAACAUGCAUCAUGAUGCAUACUUCAUCAUUAUAUUGGAUAUCCGGUACUUUUUGCACCUUGCGCAGUUUGUCAAAUAUCUUUCCAGCAGUUAUUAUGAAUAAUCCAACACCUGAAGAAGUUUGUCAAGCAACCCAAAAAUAUAAGAUUCAGUGGCUGUUUUUGGGAACUGGAAUUAUUAACGAUAUGUAUAAAUCAGGUUUGUUGGAGAAAUAUGACUUAUCAACAGUAGAAGAAAUAGCUACAGGAGGUGCAAAAGUUCAACCUCAAAUUACAAAAAAAGUUAAUAGUCUUUUGAAAAAUGGAGAAGUACUUCAAGGAUACGGUAUGACUGAACUAGGAACAAUUGCUACUAUACAAAAUAAGGGUCACAAUAAUCAUGAUUCUUGUGGUAUAGUAUGUUUCGAUUUAGAAUUGAAAAUAAUUGAUGUGAAUACUAACAGAAUUCUAGGCCCAAAUGAAAAAGGUGAAAUUUAUCUUAAACAAGAGCAUAUGAUGAAACACUAUUUUAAUAACCCAAAAGCUACAGAAGAAGCAAUUGAUAAAGAUGGUUGGCUUCACACUGGAGACAUGGGAUUUUACGAUGAGGAAGGAAAUAUCUUUAUUGUUGAAAGGUUAAAAGAAGUAAUCAAGUACAGAGGUCACCAUAUUUCUCCAAUUGAAAUUGAAAGUAUUCUUAUAAAACAUCCGAAAGUAUUGGAAGCUGCAGUGGUACCAGUUCCUCAUUCAACAGAUGAUGAACAUCCACUUGCAUUUAUUUCAACAUUAAACAAUUUUAAGAUAUCAGAAGAGGAACUUUUAAAAAUGACCUCAAUUCUUGGUGAUACUAAAAGACUACGUGGUGGAAUAAAAUUUUUGGAUAUACUACCUAAAACACCAUCUGGGAAAAUUAACAAAAGUAAACUGAAGGAAAUGGCAAAAGUUUAUGCCCUUUAAUGAACAAUAAAAUUUAGUAAAAUAGAUAAAUGUAGAUAAAACUAAUUAUUCCACUCUAUUUUAAACUUUCAAAAAACAAAAUAAUAUUAAUUUAAAAUUUUGAGUUAUUUGCGGAUUUUCGUUUUAUUAACAUAUAUUAGGAAGUUUUUUUUUACUUUAUCGUGUCAACAAAGUAUUUUGUGAUGGUGAAAAGUUGUUUGAAAUACAUUUUUUGUGUUACGAAA